GUUGCUAACAACCUGCUGCCUGCAACUUCGCCUGUCCACCAUCCACUCAUGCAUUAACGGUUUCCAGGUGUUUUUGAGAUGUGUGUGAGGAUGAAGCCGUGUCGACUCUGAGUGCAGGUUCAGCUCCGUGCUGCUGCAUGGUGCUCCGCGUCUCUCUGCAGGCUUUCUGACUAUUGGGGUUGCAGUCUGGCCUCCAGCCGCGGCUGCGAUUUAACUUCAUUUCUCAGCGUCGGCCUCUUCUCAAAUCAUGUUUAUUUUAUAAAGAUGGCGGCGAGGGGCACACUGUAAACUAAAUGACUGUCAGAAACAUCGCCUCCAUUUGUAAUAUGGGCACCAAUGCCUCUGCUCUGGAGAAAGACAUCGGCCCGGAGCAGUUCCCAAUCAACGAACACUACUUCGGAUUGGUCAAUUUUGGAAACACAUGUUACUGUAACUCAGUGCUACAGGCUCUCUACUUCUGCCGACCUUUUCGGGAGAACGUGCUGGCUUACAAAGCCCAGCAGAAGAAGAAGGAGAACCUGCUCACAUGUCUGGCUGACCUCUUCCACUCGAUUGCCACGCAGAAGAAGAAAGUGGGCGUCAUCCCGCCCAAGAAGUUCAUCUCCCGCCUACGGAAAGAGAACGAUCUGUUCGACAACUACAUGCAACAGGAUGCCCACGAAUUCCUGAACUACCUGCUGAACACGGUGGCCGACAUCCUGCAAGAGGAGAAGAAGCAAGAAAAACAGAACGGGCGCCUCAAGAACAACGGCACCCCCGUCAGCACGGAGACAGAGAACGAGAACAAGACAGAGCCCACGUGGGUUCACGAUAUCUUCCAGGGCACGCUGACCAAUGAGACGCGCUGCCUCAACUGUGAAACGGUGAGCAGCAAAGAUGAAGAUUUUCUGGAUCUCUCCGUGGAUGUGGAGCAAAACACAUCCAUAACACACUGUCUCAGGGACUUCAGUAACACAGAGACUUUGUGCAGUGAAUACAAAUACUACUGUGAGGCGUGCUGCAGCAAGCAGGAAGCACAGAAGCGGAUGCGGGUGAAGAAGCUUCCUAUGAUCCUGGCCCUGCACCUGAAGAGGUUUAAAUACAUGGAGCAGCUGCACCGCUACACCAAGCUGUCCUAUCGAGUAGUUUUCCCCCUAGAGCUUCGUCUGUUCAACACGUCGGGGGAUGCGGUUAACCUGGACCGCAUGUACGAUCUAGUGGCUGUGGUGGUUCACUGUGGCAGUGGUCCAAACAGAGGUCAUUACAUCACCAUAGUGAAGAGUCAUGGCUUCUGGCUGCUGUUUGACGAUGACAUUGUGGAGAAAAUUGAUGCCCAGGCCAUUGAGGAGUUUUACGGGCUUACCUCAGACAUCUCCAAGAACUCAGAGUCGGGAUAUAUUCUCUUCUACCAGUCCAGAGAGUGACUGGAGCUGCAUCAGUGACACAGGAGAGACUAAAUAGGAUUUUUUAACCUUCAGCCUAACAGACUCAGACUCCCACCGUCUCCAACCCAUCCUGCUCCCAUUCUCCAAGUCUGACCUCUCUGAUGUACGUGCCAGUCCUCUGUCCCAACCCCAUCCUCUGGGUUUUAUUUCGCUUCAUCCUUCUCUCUGUAAUUUGCUUCUUCCCUUUUAGUCACCUGCAUCUGGACUGCACUUUAAAACCAAAGCAAAAAUGCUUAUCAGCACGACGGAAACAAAAAGGAGUCUACGUCCACAUUGAGCUCCAGACGCUCCGUGAAGACCUGUAGAAGUAAUUCUCCAUCAGGAACAUGAUGGGGUGAAGGGUCCGGCUGCCAGAAAUUGUGCUAUAUCACUUUUAUGUAUAUAAGGUCUUCAUCCAUGAUGCAUCUCCCCCACACUGUCAAUUCCUUUCAUUUGGGCUACUUUUCCCAUCACUGUCUAGUCCUUUGGUUAGGUUUAUGUCCAUGGUUGAUGCAUGUAAAGCGAAUGAAGUUGGAAACAAACACUGUAUAAUGCUCAUGGAGAGGUUUCAUGCAUUAUUAAUGGCUUUGAAGCAAUAUCUCAGCAUUAAUUAGAUACAACUCAAAAGCUUUAAACUACCUAAACUUCAGCUGUAAAUGCUGAUAAUGAAGAGGUCCCCUAUAGAAUCACUUUGUGAGCUUUUGCCUGCUGUUACAACUUUACAAUUAACCUGAAAUCCAACUGAGCCAAAUGCUCCUACACUACACAAGAAAGGAAAUAUGUUUCUCUGUCAGACUGGUCCACAUUGAAAUCAGCUGAAUCUAUACUUUUUUAUUCUGGACAAAAACUAAUAUUUAUUCUACUUGUACGUAUUUAUUACUGUUAUUUGUAAUGCAGAAAGGUAGUUAAUGAAGGUAUCUGUGUAAUAUUGCUCCUCUGAGAGCUUUUUAUGUUAAGACCCUUACUCUAAACUCUCAACAUGAAGGACAUGGUGUAUGUAAUACACAACUUUUAUUGGACAGCACCAAAAACGAUUUGGUUUUAUCAGCUAAAUUUGGUAAUGUGCAUGUUAAAUGAAAAUACAUGACAUCCCAGAUCUGCCCAAUCUUUUGAUUGACAGGAAAUAUUCAAAACAGUGCAAUAAGAGGUGAGGUUACCCAAUGUGGAAGUUCCCAGUGAAACUAAUAUUAAUAAAAUGUAAAUGUUAGAAGUAGAUGUGUUUCUUAGCUGCUGAUUAUUUUCCCAGUGCUGUGUGUUUGUGUACUUUUGAUAUCAAACUAAAUUCCCCCUUCACCACGUGAAAUGCACACUACCAGCAGGGAUGUUCUUUCAUCCCUUUGUUUUUGUAUUAACAUCCAGAAAUUUCUUCUUUUCUUUUUUUCAUUCACAUUUUGAACUACAGCUUCUUAGUUCUCUCUUGAUUUGUCUCUUGACUUUAUUGCCGUUGUGUCUGUCAUAUGUAGCACAUUUUAAUGCUAAACUACAUAGAAUUCAAAUUCAAUAGUGUUGAUUCAUGAUAUAUCCCUUGUAUUGUCAAUGUGUUUUUUUUUCUGUGGCCCAGGGUUUAUGGCCAUACCCUGUAGUGACAUCAAACAACUUGUUCUCAUAUGAAUCACAUUCCUAUUUGCUGCACAUCAGCAGAAUUACUAUUUCUAAUGCAUCUCCUUUUUAAAUUAGAGUUAGGAAAGGAUUGAUUUGCUAGCUUAGUGUCUGUCCUUUCAGGAGAGGCAAGACUGGGUGUUGAAUGCGCUUGUUUCUGCUGUCUCUUCCAUUUAGUCUGUUAUUCGGUGAUAUCACAAACACGUGCCAAACUAGAGUCGAUACCGACUUUGCAGUCUUUGACAAAGCAUUAUUUUCUUUUUAAAGAUACAACUGUACAUAUAUAUUAUGUAGAAAAGACUACUGCAUAUAGGAAAAUAUUUUUUUAAAGUGAAGGUCUUAAAAUGUAAAGACACUCAAGAUUUAAGCUUGACACUGGCCAUCAUUGAAACUCCUUUAGAAAAUACUGUGCUAUUUUACAAUCACUCAAUUGCAUAAUCAUAUUUAUGAAGAAGUCACCUUUCUUAUUAUUUAUUUUUCUAGGUUGAACUGAGCCCAGAUUGGAAAUGGUAGCAGGUAUAGUCUUGACACAUUUUAGACCCAGGUGAGAGGAAAGAGACUCGCUGAUCUUCCAUUAACACUUAUGCACUCGCCCUCAUUGAGAUGCUCAGUCACAGCACUUGGUCUGAUAUAUUUUAUUGUGGUACUGUUCUGCCUUGGAGAGCUCUGGUGCAGAGAGUCCUGCAUCAAGUGGGAUUUUAUUGAGCUUAUGGGAAGGGAAAGAGGAUAUGAAUUGGUGUCUCCAUUUGGUUGUAAACUGAAAGUGCACUUUAUUAGUGAUGAGCUACAAUGCUUUAACAUGAAAAACCACAUUUUAACACACUAGUUUUGAGUUUUUUCUUCUAUUCAAUAAAAUAACUCAAAUGA